AUGUCGGUCAUUAAGGAUAUCGAGAUGCCCGCCGACCACAAGGAGGCUCCUAUUGCCUUUGAAAUGGACCACGUAGACCAAAAGGUCGACGACGAAGUGAGGGAGGCAGCAAUGGAUGCAGAAAUUGCACAACUCGAAGAGAAGCUGCAGGCUUUGCCAAAGCCCAAGUUUGAGGUGACAUUCUCUAACCCAGCUAUCUAUACCUACAUGCUGGUAGCGUUUGCCUCUAUGGGAGGUCUGCUCUCCGGUCUGGAUCAAUCGCUCAUUAGCGGCGCCAACCUGUUCCUCCCUGGUGAUCUGCAUCUGUCUUCUGGUCAAGCCAGUCUGGUCAAUGGUGGUAUGCCCCUUGGUGCUGUUGCUGGUGCCCUUAUCCUUUCUCCUUCCAACGAGUACCUUGGUCGCCGCAUGUCUAUUAUUAUUUCCUGUGUUCUGUACACCAUUGGUGCCGCCCUGGAGGCUGGUGCCGUCAACUUUGGUAUGAUGUUCGCUGGUCGUAUGAUCCUGGGUGCUGGUGUCGGUUUGGAAGGUGGUACUGUCCCCGUCUAUGUUGCUGAGUCUGUUCCUAGCAAGAUUCGUGGUAACCUCGUCUCGUUGUAUCAACUCAACAUUGCUCUGGGUGAAGUGCUCGGUUACGCUGUUGCCGCUAUCUUCAUUGGUGUCGAGGGCAACUGGCGUUAUAUUCUGGGCUCCUCUCUGGUGUUCUCAACCAUCCUUCUCGUCGGAAUGUUCUUCCUUCCUGAGAGCCCUCGUUACUUGAUGCACAAGGGACAUGAAGUGGAGGCAUAUGGUGUAUGGAAGCGUAUUCGUGGUUUUGGCGACUACGCAGCCAAGGAUGAGUUCCUUGGUAUGCGCCAGGCUGUCCAGCAAGAGUGUGAAGAGCAGGCACAGACCAAGCAGUACCCCUGGAUGGACUUCUUCACUGACCCUCGUGCCCGCCGUGCUAUUGUCUACGCCAACAUCAUGAUCUUCCUAGGUCAAUUCACCGGUGUCAACGCUAUCAUGUACUACAUGUCUACUCUGAUGGAGGCCAUUGGUUUCGAUGAGAAGACCUCCGUGUUCAUGUCCCUCGUCGGCGGUGGUUCACUGCUCAUCGGUACUAUCCCUGCUGUACUGUACAUGGAGCGCUUUGGUCGUCGCUACUGGGCCAAUGCCAUGCUGCCCGGUUUCUUCAUUGGGCUGGUUCUUGUCGGCGUUGGAUACACUAUUGAUUACAACAAGCACCCCGCCGCCGCCGAAGGUGUCUACCUGACGGGUAUCAUCCUGUACAUGGGCUUCUUCGGUUCCUACGCCUGUCUGACCUGGGUUGUUCCCUCUGAGGUUUUCCCAACCUAUCUGCGUCACUACGGUAUGACCACUGCCGACGCCAACCUCUUCCUGUGCUCUUUCAUCGUCACCUACAACUUCACUAAGAUGAUGGACUCCAUGACUCGUAUCGGUCUGACCCUUGGCUUCUACGGCGGUAUUGCUGUUAUUGGAUGGUUCUACCAGAUCAUUUUCAUGCCUGAGACCAAGAACCUCACACUUGAGGAGAUCGAUGAUCUCUUCUCCAAGCCUACCUCUGUCAUUGUGAAGCAGAACCUGAAGCAGACCUCCCAGGUCAUUCAUGAUCUGUCGCGUCUUCGCUUCCGCAAGGUUUUCUCUCCUGAGCCUUACAAAUAA